UCGAAUUUAAUGUAGCCAACUUCGUGGCGGGUUAAAUUGAAAACACUGGUAAAGAACUCUAAACCACUCUAAACUUCGUUUAAGAUUUAAGAUUUAUAGUUAUAACGUUAAAGAACUUUUAUAACGGUUUUAUAGAAAUAUUAUGAAAGCUAUGUCUCAUCAUUACGUGGUGACGGCACAUAAACCUACAGCUGUCACUGCUUGUGUGACUGGUAAUUUCACGUCACCAACGGAUCUGAAUUUAAUAUUAGCUAAAAACGUACGAUUAGAAAUAUAUCUGGUUACUCCAGAAGGGUUGAGGCCCUUAAAGGAAGUUGGAAUUUAUGGAAAAAUUGCUGUAAUAAAAUUCUUCAGACCACCGUAUGAAAGAAAAGAUUUGUUAUUUCUCCUAACAACAAGAUACAAUGCUAUGAUUUUGGAAUGUAUUGGAGAAGGAGAAGAUAUAGAGAUAAGAACCAGAGCGCAUGGAAAUGUAGCUGAUCGUAUUGGAAAGGCUUCAGAAACUGGUAUCAAAGCUGUUAUUGAUCCUAAAGCACGUGUAAUAGGACUUAGACUAUACGAUGGUCUUUUUAAAAUUAUUCCUUUGGAUAAACAUAAUCCAGAGUUAAAAGCAUCGUCGAUUCGUAUGGAUGAACAACAAGUGCAAGAUGUUAAUUUUUUACACGGAUGUGCUAAUCCAACAUUGAUCUUAAUUCAUCAAGACAUCAAUGGAAGGCAUGUAAAAACACAUGAAAUCUCACUGAGAGAUAAAGAAUUUGUUAAAAUCCCAUGGAGACAAGAUAAUGUAGAACGUGAAGCUAUGAUGGUCAUUCCUGUGCCUUCUCCAAUUUGUGGUGCAAUUAUAAUAGGACAAGAGAGUAUUUUAUAUCACGAUGGAACUACAUAUGUAGCUGUUGUACCUCCAAUUAUUAAACAAAGUACUAUAACAUGCUAUGCCAAAGUAGACAAUCAAGGGCUCAGAUAUUUAUUAGGAGAUCUAGCUGGACAUUUGUUCAUGUUGUUUUUAGAACAAGAAAAGAAACCUGAUGGCACACAAGUAGUAAAAGAUUUAAAAGUAGAACUUUUAGGCGAAAUUAGCAUUCCAGAGUGUAUAACUUAUUUGGAUAAUGGUGUAAUAUUUAUUGGUAGCCGUCUAGGUGAUUCUCAAUUGAUUAAGUUAAUAACAAAGGCAGAUGAAAAUGGAUCUUAUUGUGUACCGAUGGAAACAUUUACAAAUCUAGCACCAAUAGUUGACAUGGCUGUUGUUGAUCUUGAAAGACAAGGACAAGGUCAGAUGGUUACCUGUUCUGGUGCUUUUAAAGAGGGUUCUCUCAGAAUCAUUAGAAAUGGUAUUGGUAUUCAAGAACAUGCAAGUAUCGAUUUGCCAGGCAUCAAAGGCAUGUGGGCUCUUAAAAUUGGUGGUGGUAAUUUUGAUAAUACAUUAGUACUUUCUUUUGUUGGCCAGACAAGAAUUUUAACUUUGAAUGGCGAAGAAGUUGAAGAAACAGAUAUACCAGGCUUUGUUGCGGACGAACAAACCUUUCAUACUGGAAAUGUGACUAAUGAUUUAUUUAUUCAAAUUACACCAAGCUCUGCAAGAUUGAUUUCAAAUGAAAGUAAAUCUGUUGUAUCUGAAUGGGAACCUACAAAUAAAAAAACCAUUAGUGUAGUUGCUUGUAAUGGUACUCAAGUAUUAUGCGCCACUGGUAAUGAUUUAUUCUACAUGGAGAUCAUACAUGGUCAAAUUAUUCCAAAAGGAUUUGCUACAUUACAGCAUGAGGUAGCAUGUCUGGAUAUUUCUCCAUUGGAUGGAAGCAAUGAAGCACGUGUAGUUGCAGUAGGUUUGUGGACAGAUAUUUCUGUUCGAAUUUUAACUAUACCUAUUUUAGAAGAAAUAAAUAAAGAAUUAUUAGGCGGUGAAAUCAUACCAAGAUCGAUUUUAAUGACUUGUUUUGAAGGUAAUACAUAUCUUCUGUGUGCACUUGGAGAUGGUAGUAUGUAUUACUUUACUCUGCAUAAACUGACUGGCUUUCUCUCAGAUAAGAAAAAAGUUACGUUAGGUACACAGCCAACAGUACUAAGAACUUUUAGGUCCUUAUCUACUACCAAUGUUUUUGCUUGUUCUGAUAGACCAACAGUCAUCUAUUCUUCAAAUCAUAAGCUCGUGUUUAGUAAUGUUAACUUGAAAGAAGUAAAUCACAUGUGUUCAUUAAAUGCAGAAUCAUAUCCAGACAGCCUGGCAUUGGCUACAGAUAGUACUGUAACUAUAGGAACAAUUGAUGAAAUUCAAAAAUUACACAUACGAACUGUUCCUCUUGGAGAAUCACCUAGACGAAUUGCAUAUCAAGAAAGUUCUCAAACUUUCGGCGUUAUCACAAUGAGGGUAGAUAUGCAAGAAAGCAGUGGUGUCAGUAUUGUUAGACACUCUGCAUCCACUCAAGCUGCUUCAACAUCUAGCAGUAGUCAUAUAGCAGCUCAUAAUAAACCAACAGGACAUACAGCCAGCGAAAUUGGACAAGAAAUUGAAGUCCACAAUCUUCUUAUUAUAGAUCAACACACAUUUGAAGUUCUUCAUGCACACACAUUAAUGCCUACUGAAUAUGCCUUAUCAUUAAUAUCUACAAAAUUAGGUGAAGACCCAACUUCUUAUUAUGUAGUCGGAACUGCAUUAAUAAAUCCUGAUGAAACUGAACCGAGAAUGGGCAGGAUAUUAUUAUAUCAUUGGGGUGAUGGAAAACUUACUCAAGUAGCAGAAAAAGAAAUCAAAGGAUCAUGUUAUUCAUUGGUAGAAUUUAAUGGAAAACUUCUUGCAAGUAUCAAUAGCACAGUUCGUCUGUUUGAAUGGACUGCUGAGAAAGAACUCAGGCUAGAAUGUAGUCAUUUUAAUCAUAUUAUAGCACUGUAUCUUAAAACCAAAGGUGACUUCGUCUUAGUUGGAGAUCUUAUGAGAUCUUUAACACUUCUUCAAUACAAAACUAUGGAAGGUAGUUUUGAAGAAAUAGCCAGAGAUUACAAUCCUAAUUGGAUGACAGCUAUUGAAAUUUUGGAUGAUGAUACAUUUUUGGGAGCUGAAAAUUGCUACAAUCUCUUUGUUUGUCAAAAAGAUAGUGCAGCUACUUCUGAGGAUGAAAGACAACAAAUGCAAGAAGUUGGUCAAUUUCAUUUAGGUGAUAUGGUAAAUAUUUUCCGCCACGGUUCUUUGGUAAUGCAAAAUUUGGGUGAGUCAAGUACACCAACUCAAGGUUGUGUACUAUUUGGAACUGUAAGCGGUGCUAUUGGUUUAGUUACUCAAAUUCCAUUUGCAUUUUAUGAGUUUCUUCGUAAUUUGGAAGAUAGAUUAACAAGUGUAAUUAAAAGUGUUGGCAAAAUUGAACAUAAUUUCUGGAGAAGCUUUAAUACUGAAUUAAAGAUUGAACAAUGUGAGGGUUUCAUAGAUGGUGAUUUAAUAGAGAGCUUUCUUGAUUUAAGUCAUGAUAAAAUGGCAGAGGUUGCCAUGGGUCUUAUGAUCGAUGAUGGUAGCGGUAUGAAGAAAGAAGCAACGGUUGAUGAUCUCGUAAAAAUUGUUGAAGAUUUAACAAGAAUACAUUAAAAAACUUGUUUGACUGAUUUUUGCAGUCACUGGUAUAUAAAGCGUAUAUAUGUGGUAAUAUACCAAAAGAUAAAUUUAAAACGAACAAAAUGUAAAUACAGUUCCACUUACUUAAAGGAUAGAAUUUAUUUGAGAACUUUUUUAUUAUUAUAUACGUUUUCAUUAAAUAAUAGAAAAAGUAUUAUAAUUAAACAAGCUUCUGUGUCUGAAAAUGUCUCUGAAAUUAACAAGUUUUGCAGUUAUGAUAAAUGUUGGCAUUUUUAAUAAAUGCUACAUAUUUUUACAAGCACUGAAUGGUAUUGAUAGAUUCCUAUAAAUUGAGUAAAUUUCAUAUUAUUAUUUUUUUUCUCUUUUCUUCUUAUCAUAAUAUACAUUAUUUUCAAAUAUAAAUUAUUAUAACAGAACAAAAAAAUAUUUGUGACAUUUCCAUAAAUUCAACUAUACUGCAAUGUUUUAUCAUUUAUUAUUCUCACUAUCCCUUAAUUCAACAUCGUUUGAAGGCAUACUAACGAUUGCUACUGUUUGGGUAAAUAGACAGUAUUUAACAAUUUUCAACUGUAUAAGUACUAUGGUAUAAAUAUUUGUGUUAUUACUAAAUUGUUUUAAUAAAGUGACUGUUUUAGUCACCAAAUGGAAUUAUAACAAUAAAUUUACAUAUUUGUAAGAUUGAGUGUAAAUAAAGAGUCAUCCAUUUAGAGAUAGGA